GGCGGGGCGCGCCCGCCGCCACUUCCUGCUCGGCGUGUCCCGGUACGGCCGGCAGGUUUGGGUGUGGAAGAUCUAUUCCUGUGAUCUCCUGAAGUGGCCUGCCAUACAUGCUGAGCAAGAGGAAGAGCCCUUUGUCAUUCCAGUUGUGCGUGGACCUGAGAGGAGGAGGACAAGGAGCUGCUGUUUGACCUGAGCUUCUGGGGAGGAUAAAUUACAAUACAGACUAUUCACUUUCCAGAAUGUUUGGCGGAUAUGAAGACGCCGAGGAUACUGAAGCGUAUGAAGAUGAACUUUAUAACGAGGAGUCAUCCAGUGAGCAGAGUGUUGAUAGUGAGGUGGAAUUUCAUCUGUACAGCCAGAUCCACUAUUCCCAGAAUCUUGGAGAAUCCAGCACGCUGGAAGUGGAUGAGGAAGCUGAUGUUUCAGGAGCCAUGGGUCACAGUUCAGUUCUAGCUGAGAAGCAGUAUGAAGACAAGAAAAUCGCUGAAUUAGUUGAUCGUGGUGCUCAGCUUUCAGAUGACCCUGAGCUCAUCGUCUUGUCUGAUACACCAGAAGAAGAUAGUAUUUACAAAAUGAAAGCGAAGCACUCAACAAGCUCUUUAGCUCAAGGUAAAACGCAUACCCAUCCAGGAUCUUCCACACCAAAUGAGGCCAAAGCUGCUAGAUGUAAUACCCUGGAUCCUGCCGGAUCAGGCACAAACAUUUCAAGGCCAUGGAAAAGCAUUAGUGGGAAGCUUAGCCCAGUUAGUUGUGCUGGAGUUCAUGACAUCCAAGAUGUGUUGGUAAUAGAUGACAGCUCGGAGGAGGAGAGCUUGGUAUCUGAAAGUGGUGAUGUCCGGAGUUGGAUGCUUUUGGGAGCCGGUGCAGAUGACAGAGAUAAAGAUAUAAUGUUGAACCUUGAAGGCUGUCCAACUUCUGUCAGUGAAGAAGGAGUUGAUGUGGACUGGUCCAUCUGCAAUAAAGACUUAGAGGCACAGAUCUCCAACUAUGGAAGUUUGAGGCAUACCAGUAUGCGGUACUACAGAGCCAAUAAAAAUGUUACCUGUAGAAAUUGUGAUAGACCAGGUCAUUUGUCCAAGAACUGUCCUACUCCAAAGAAAGUUCCCCCUUGUUGUCUGUGUGCAGAGAGAGGUCACCUACAGAACAGUUGCCCAGCACGUUUUUGUUUGAACUGCUGUUUGCCUGGCCACUUUUUCAGGGAAUGUCUCGAGAGAGCCUAUUGGAAUAAACACUGCAGUCGCUGUGAUAUGAAGGGGCAUUAUGCUGAUGCUUGCCCAGAAAUAUGGAGGCAGUAUCACCUAACAACAAAGCCAGGACCAAUCAAGGCAGCCAGUUCUCACCCUGAGCACUCAGCUUUGGUGUACUGCUACAACUGCUCUCAGAAGGGACACUUCGGAUAUGAGUGCUCAGAAAGGCGGAUGCAUGGGAGCAUGUUCCCUACUUCUCCAUUCAUCUGCUACUAUGAUGAUGAAUACGAUAUCAAGAGAAGAACAAACAGAUUAAAAAGAAAGGCUGCAGAACUACAGGAAGCCGGCCUUCUGCCAGAACAGUCAGAGACACUGUGGCAGGAAGAAAAACACGGAGGGCACAGCCAUAAGAAAAGCAGCAAGCCUUGGCAAGAACAUAGGAAAUACAACAAAGAUGGCGAGUGUUACAAAAAGAUGAGGAUGUCCCAGGCAGAGAAACCCCGAAAAGAGAAAUACAGGAGUGAAGUUGCAAUGGACCGCUGUUUGGAGGACUUCCCUCAAGGGUGUAAAAGGCAUGCGUGCAAGGGCAGUAAAAUCCGUUACAAGUCCAUUUUCCAGGCAUUCUCGGGCAGCAAGACUGCGUACGUGCAGGAGCCUCUGGAGGGUGCUAAACGGAAGAGGAAAUGGAAAAAGCAGAAGGACACUGGUCUUGAUAUCAAUGAGAAUUUAUUCCUCAUAAAACAAAGGAAGAAGAAGUCCAAACAGAAAUUCUGGUGAUGAGGAAGCAGAUAGGUAGCACCAGCCUUUACUGGCUCCGGCUCUGCCUUCUGUUUAUUUUUGUUCCUCUCUUAGCACGCUGAUUUUGAGUCCGUCUCUGAGCCCGGGCAGCAUGCCCAGGCGGCGGUCACACACCAGACAUCCCUCUCAUGAACAUCAAACAUCGUCUUUCAUGAACGGUCCGCUUGACAGGUUGGACUUUGUGCCCCUGCCUGAAAUGGCCGUACUUUCCAGCAGUCCCAGAAUAGGCUGUAAGUUUAUUUUUUUUGCUUGGGGAGGGCGGGGGGGGGGUGAUGGGGAAAGGGUCGUGCUGGGUUUGGUAGGGUUUGUUUCUUCACCAGUGAGAUGUUGCUCUGCCUGUCAGAGCAGGAUCCGCUGCUAGGGAGCACAGUGCCUUCGCAGCUGACGCUGGACACGUCAGGAGUCAUCAGGACAGAGACCGGGGGCACAGAUGUAGCAAAUGUUCCCUGCGGCCACUCAGUCCUCUCCAGAGCGCAGCUGGGCACACUUGCACUGCUGUCCCUCCUGGAAGGUGCUACAAAGCCAUUGCCUUUGCACUUUGGGCUGUGACAGUCUUCCGCCUCGUGCUCCAGCGUGGUGUCAUGGAUCCGUCUCUCUCGGUGCCGUGGCUUUUGGUGCUGAGCACGGACAAGCUCUGCGCGAGUCUGUUCCCUCUCCUUGCUGACUGUUCAGCAGGGCAGGAAAAACCAGCUGAGAAUGGAACAGAGUUUACAUCUCAAAUCACGUCCUUGCUCCCCUUGAUGUGGAAGUUGUUUCUGGAGAAAAGGUAGCAGAGUAUGAAAAAUGUAUUCAAUUCCAGACAAACUGUGCUAAAAUUUAGUAAUUUUUCAAAACACAGUUAUUUUUGUACACUGGAAUUAAACAAGCAUGUUGUUAAAAGGUUUGUAAGAAUAAUCGCUUCAUCGAAGGAACAACCUAAAUAAAACUUUACAUGAGGGAUAUUAAAAAAACGUAGCUUUGUUCUACAUUUUCUUGCAUUACCAAACAUAAUUAAAAAGUGUCGUCUUCUCUUUACUGAACCCCUGGCAAGAGAUUUUCUGGUUUUGAAAAGGAAAUUACCUAUGCUGUAGCUACUGUACUGUAGAUUCAUGACCUGCUCUGGACGAUACCACUCCUUUUGCUAAGCAUUUAAUAGUAAAUAACAGCACAGCUUCAUAAAGGUGCGUGUCCUCUCUGAAUUUUUACGAAGAAGCGGGCCUUUGGCUACAGUUCUGUUUCAAGAUUAGGAAGCGUUUGUAACCUACGUUAAUGCAAGGCUAUCUGGGAAAGGGAAAUGGGUACACUAGAAAAAAAUCAGGACUGCCCUUCUGCCAGUAGUGUCCCAUGGUAGUACUCCCUAAAUUCAUCAGCUUUUUGUUUGGCAAGGUCACCAGCGAGAACGCUGGUACUUCAGUGACCAUAUCACCUCAUCUCCGAGGUGCUAGGGGUAGAACUAUGCCAGCCUAAUACUUGGGAACCUAAUGCCCGGUUUUGCUGAAGUGUGUCCUUGCUGGCAACUGAAAUUUAAUUUUGCUUAACUUCAUUGAUUACAUGGUUGUAAAGUUCCUGACGAUAUUGAAAAAGUAAAUCGCUUUUACCCCUGAUUUUUAAAAAAAUAAAAACAAUAAAUUAAUUCCACUCCUGAAAAGACUUGCCCCUAACACUGAAACUCGUCUUUUCCUGUAUGCUUUUUGUUUAUCGAUACCUGGUUCUAUUUGAACGAAAGCCUCUGGUAGCCUUUAGCUGAACCAGCACGUAGACUGGCAGGUAGGGGAGGAGGGUUGGUUUAGAUUGAGCAUUGAGGUCAGCUCUGACUCCUGCGGUGCGUCGUGUCUGGCUUCCUCAAGCAGCCUUGCAGGUGAGGGCCAGGAUGUGACUCCCCAGCCCAACACGAGGCAGCAAAGCUGUAGUAAGAGAAGCGAGAUACUGGUGCAACGUAUACAAACUGGAGUAUUAACUGCACCGUCCACUUGGGUCAUGGCAUGUUAAGACAUCGGCCCAAAUACUGACUUAUAUCAGGCUUUGCACAGCAAAACGGAGCAAAUCUGCUAUGGAGGGCCAACCGGAGAAUCUGGAGAAGAAUCAGAAGGUCCGGAUAAUGCAGCUAGCAUGGAAAUACUAAACAUGAAUGUAUUUUUCAUGUAUAAACAUCUGUAUUUUUCUAGAGAAAAGCAGCUGGGUAAAUAAGGUGCAAAGGAAAAUGGCUGGUCUUAAUAAGUGGGACAGCGAAGAACAGACACGUGUAGAUGAGGCACAAAGAAAACAGAGCUUAAACCAGUAAAGGUGAUGGGAGAGCAGCAGGUUGUCCGAGGCGGGCGUGCACUCUCCCUGGAGGGUUUCAAGGAAGCGUAGAACAAACAUCUGCCAGAGAUGACAAGAGGUGGUUGGAGCGAGCUGAUGCGUGAGCGCUCUGCUGAGGUCCCUUCAGUGGUUUCUCAGCAGCCCGGUCCUGGCCUUGCCCCCGUGUAAGCAACGUGCCCGUGCUGCUGUUGGGCAGAAGGAGCUCAGCACGCCCUUGGCCAGGCACUGCUGGAAUAGAGAGCAGGAGAACCCAGACUCUUCGCAUCCCACCGGUUGUGUAGGGCUGCGCUGUCUUCAGCCAUCGCUCCCCAGCCCAAGGCAGCGCUCGGGUCCUUGAAACCCAGUGCCCCACCUCUCACAACCAGCAUACUCCAGUUUCAAAAGCACCCCUCAGGCUGGGUGCUGAGCCUUCUUGCACGUGGGAGCAACAAGGUGCAGCAGGACAAGGACUUGUCUCUUGCCAGCCAGGACCUUCUUCGGCAGCAUGUUUCCAGCCGUGGAGAUGGACCCCCCGCAGCGUACACCCAGUGAGUGAACCUUCUCCCCCCCGACCGUUAAACUCUACGUGGAGGAGUCAGGAAAUCAUCUCCACUUACCUGCAGGAGACCAAGCGCCUGGUCUGUGUGCCUGUGCAGUGGACGACACUCCCAGAUCAUCUCUCUUGGGACGCUUUAACUAAAAGGGGUUGCUGCCAGCACCAGAAGCCUGUCACUGGUAACUUGUGCCUCCCAGCACUGCCAGUAAGGCUUCUGUCUAGCAGAUUGAUGUAUUUUACAGAGCUUAGUGCAAAAAUAAUACAGUUGAAGAUGUUUUUGCAUUAGAUGAGAAGGACAGGAUGAGGAAAAUGGCAAAAAGGAGUUAACGCAUUUUCCACAAGCAAAAAUAGCACAUUAGCAACUACGGAAAGGAAAGCUCUGCAUUAAAAUCCUGUUCGGGACCAGGUGACUUGCAGGCUGAAUUACUUUCAUCAAGCUCCAUUUUAUCCUAUUAAACCAAAAAGUGCUUCAGCUUGUCAUUCCUCCCACCUGCUUUUUCCCCCUUCCUCUAAAGAACUGUCAGCCUUUACUCCAGAGAUGCCUGGGACUGAAAAACAUGCUUAUCCCAGGAGAGGACAGUGUCUCGAGGUCACAGUUGAUGUGCACUGGUGAAGCAGCAUGAGGAAACCUACAUUGCGUGAAUAAAUAAAGGGGCGUAGCUCAGCCCAGACUCUGUGGAGGAGACAAGAUGGAUGGAUCGAAAGGUCAGAGUCUUGUUUGAUAAUGGGGGCACUUGUCCCAGGAGUGAAGAGGGGAGAAGAGAGUAUUUGGUCUAUCAUUUGUUGCGGCCGCUACACAGCAAGGUUGAGGAAGAAAGGAAUAGUGUUUGAGGUGUACAUCCCAGCAGCGUACCAGCGUGCGUUGGCAAAGAAUUAAACGUGUCUUUGUAACACGCUGGCUCCUCCUUGAAGCUUUCGUUUCACUAACGUCUGCCUAAAAAUGUCGGCAUCUCUGUCUCUCAAGGCACCAGCUCUUGUAGAUUCUGCUGGGAAAGUCAUUUAACCAAGCAUGUCCGAGCUACGCAGCCACCCUGUGCUGCACCGUGGGGAGCAGUGACCAACAUUUCCGUUGUGCACCGUGCAGCCGGUGAUGCUGGGGCACCGCAGCUGCAUCCUGGCCUGGAGCCCUCCUGCACACCCCCAGCAAAGAGGUCUGGAACCCACAGCAGAACCGUAACCUGCUCCCGUGUCGCCAGUGCCAGAUCAGGGAAGCACCACGCGUGAGCAGCAUGCUGCUGAUAGCAGGGACAAAAUUCAGAGUUCCCCCGUCAGACAACGCCGCUGGUGAGGUGCGGGAUCCCGUGCUGGUCUGACUGGAGCGUGUGCUACCUCCUUGGGGCUGGCGCUGUUCCUCCAGCAGCAGUGCUGGUUAGUCUGUCUUGGACACGACAGCUCUCCAGGCUGGCACCCAGUUUGUCAGCAAACUGGUGAAAAUGUUGGUCCCAGGCGUCCUGCAGCAAAACGUUGGUUCCAGAGCUCGCCGUGGCAUCGGGGCACCACAGUACAGAGCCGUGUCCCAGUCCUGCCCAGGCAGAGGCUGCAGUGGGAGCAGGUGGAGUGGGGUGUCCUGGAGCUGGGGGCGCACAGGCUGGGGGGCUAUGGAGGGAGCUGUUAUCCCCCCGUUUUGUUGGUGGGAGGGCAAAGGCCGGACACCUAUACCUAAGACCUCCCACACAAACAGGAGCUGAGCACAGGCAUGGCCCCGUCACCCCUAAAACCAUUCUCCUUCCCUCUCAGGCAAGGAGCUGCAGCUACACCGCUGUCUUGGCAGGCUUGCCAGAGCACGUGGAGCUUUCAGCCCUUUCUCUUUGCCAAGAAGUAAUCUCUUGCUGUGAGUCAUUUGCAGAGCGUGAUCAUGACUGGGAUUUAAUUUGUUGUGCUUUGCGAUGGAGCUUGCUGGCUUUGGCCCUCUUCCUUAACUCAGGGCCCCAGCGCCACACGUAGAUGUUGUCUCUGCUGGCAGAGGUGAACGGAGUGGAGCAGUGGCAGGCAGAUGGGCAGGACUGGUGGGGCGGCAUUGUGCUGGUGAGCUGGGCUGCAGGAGGGCGUGCGCCCAGCCAUGGCAUCCACCUGGGAGCCAGUUAGGGGAUGCUGCUCUGUGCCACAGGAGCAGCUGGAGGCCACAUCCAUGCAGGGAGGCAGCUGUGGAUGCUUCCUGCCAAAGCAAGGCAGACAGGGUGGAAGCCACCCUGUUUUGGGACCGUUUCCUCGCUAUGGGGCGAGAUGUGGAUUUGCCGUGGUGGGUUUGUCCCACGAGGGCAGAGGUGAGUCAGUAUCCCCCAGAUGAGCUGUUGAGCCAGCAAGCACCGAAUGUAGCUGCAGCCGCGCUGCCUGCAGAGAGCGGGACAAAAUUAGCUGUCUUUAUCUCCUGUCAUUUUGCUUCCGCCAGCUGUCUUAAGCUGGCAGCUGUGUGUCCCUUCUGCUCCUUGCUGCUGGCAUGGAUGAGGGUGUCCUAGAGAGGGAAAGAAAGCCCCAGUUGCCCUGGCAUAGUUUUUCCAAGCCUUGUGGGCAUCAGGCAUUCACAGCAGAUGUGCAGGCAAUGCUGGGAGAGCCGGGAACUGCAGAAGGGGAACAGGGCAGCUGUGCGAUGGUGGUGGUGGCAGGACAGUGGCAUCUGGGCAGGGACAAGGCACUGGCACCCUGUCAGCAGGCAGGAGCGCUGCUGCAAAAUGGAAAUCAAGGUAAGGCUGCAGCUCAUGGCACAAAAGAGCCCUGCAGCCACCUGGGUGGAUGAGUGCAGCAAAGCAGGGUCCAGCCCACAGGAUGCCUGGCACAGCCCCGCCAGCCCCUGCCCGGUGGUCCUGGCGGAGACGGAGGGGACCGACCGAGCCCUCACGGCCCCGCAGCACUGCUCCGCUCUCCAGCCAGGGCCGCUUUUAUCCCUGUGACCCCGAGCAGCUCUUCACUGUCUUCAUGUGUCCACCAGUUACAAGUGCCUGUGGCACUACCUGGCACGGCAGCCAGUAACUGCACUGUUUUUUGCAUUGCAAAAUGAUUAUUAGCACCUCAGUUCAUUAUCAAAGCAAAUUUAAUUUUUCAAUGUAAAGGAGCCAGUUGUAUUUAUAAAGGAAACACUGUUGAUACAGCCAGAAAAAAUUAAUUCAUGACAAAUGUAAGGAAAAUUAAUAGUCUUUAACCGGGACAAUAUUUGACUGUGUCUAAUUAUGCUUUGCCGGGUAAAGUACAUUAUCUUUGAAAAGGCCUGACAGAGAUUCUUGCAGAAGCAUUUUACACUUCUUGUGAUGAAACUGCAUUUAAACAUUGGGGUUUUUAAUUAACCUUGUACCAGUCUGGUCAAAUCAUAUAAAAACUGUUGUGAAACCUCA